GCCCCCUUAGAUACUGAAGAUUGCGACCAUAUCUAGAAGUAAACUAAUCGUCUUCCAGGUAUCUGUGUACUGUGAAGAUUCUGAAUAAGUACCUCUCGAGAUGUUUUGGAUUAUGAUUGUGGUGUCUUUGUUGUCAGUACUCGGUCUGUCCACAGCAUCUAAACCUUUUGAUGCGCUAGUGAUACACCGACCUCAUGUUGACGUCAUUGCAGAACACAAUGGAAACAUAACACUUCUGUCCGGAAUUAAUGGGAAUAUAAGUAUCUUACCAGGAGCUAAUGAGACCGGAAGUGUGUAUUUUGACGGGGAGGAUCUCUUGUAUUUGAUAAAGCUUGUGGUCAGCCUACCCCCUGUGUGGGAGGAACAUUCACCCUUCGGUUAUGUGGGGGAAUUCCACAGUGGCGACAGAGUCAAUAUUCAGCUUAAAGCUACAGACCCAGAGGGCACCAAAAUAACCUAUAACCUGAUUGGUGGAGAACUACCCCCGGGGAUCAAACUGGACCCAGUCAGCGGUAUUCUAAAGGGUCUUGCCCCAAACACCGAGGACCUCUUCACCUUCACCAUACGGGCCACUGAUGCACAUGGAAAGCAAGCAGACAAUGUGUUCAAAAUGUUGAUUCGCGGUGCCAACAAGUGUGAUUCCAAUCCCUGCACACAUGAAGGUCAAUGCCACGAACAAAAUGGAAGCUACACCUGUCGCUGCGCACAUCCCUAUGGCGGCAAAACUUGUAACCUCGACUGCAGAAGCAACAGUCUAGGAGUGCGACAGAGUUUACGCUGGAUCCCUGACGCCCAAAUGACGGCGCACAAGUCGAGCGGUAACAGUUUUGCUUCCAAUGGUCGCCAGGACGGAAGUGUUUGGCGCGGAGUGGACAGAAGUUCUUGGCUACAAGUCGAUUUGGGCAAUAUAACCAGAGUAUAUGGUACAGUGAUGCAAUACGGAGGUUCCCGUUAUUAUUAUACAAGUUCCUACUAUCUCCAAUACAGCACAGACGGGGACAACUUCCAUAACUACACAGUGGGAGGACAACUAACGCAAUUUUCCGCUGGCGCAAGCACCUACACCCGCCCACUUCCGGAACCCAUUGAUGUCCGUUUCGUAAGAUUUCAUCCCAUUGGGUAUUAUUCAUCCUACGGGCCUUACAUGAGAGUGGAUGUUCUUGGGUGUCAUUACUACACACUCUGAUGCAAAAAACUGUCGAAUUGAUAUUAUGUUUUCCUUUGCGCCUUUCUUUAAUAAAAUGUUUUUGACUACU